AUGUUGAUUGUUCUUCGUCGGGGUCACCAAUUUGCCAGACUUCGUGGCAAGCUUCAAACUGCAGGCAACCAUUUGGCUACGUUAAUGCAGUGUAGCACCUCCAGCGGAAGACAAGUCCAGCUUACUACCACAAGCACAAUUUUCGACUCUAGUGAAAAUUUUACGCUAAUAGCAAAACCAGAAUUUGAAAGUAAAGAUGAACUGCCUACUACAUCAGUUUCUCAAGCUUCAAGAUUUAGUGAAGAGUUAGUUGCAACCUUUUCUGGAAUAGCAACGAAGAUAUCAAAAUCUUUAGAUCCUGAUAUAGCAGCAGUACCAAUAUCUCAAAAUAAUCUUAAAGCUGCUAGUGCUUCAGCAAGAGUACUUUUUUCGGUAGAAAAACCUUCAACAUCACCCAAAACAUUUUUAAAAUCAAUUGAUGAAAUACCGAAGAUCGAACGCAAGGUUCAAAAACAAAAAUCCAAGAAGAAAAUAACCAAGGAGGAUGAACCAGCAUGUAAAAGUGUUGCGACGGAGACUAUUCAGAGAAGUGUUGAGACGGAACAAAAACCGGCGCCUAUAACGGAUAGCCUCACAUCUAUGAUGAAUUGUUCAAAAUGUGUCGCUGAAGGGAAAACAUGCAUUGGAGGAUGUCCCAAUGCAAAACAUCAAAUAUGUCUGGUAGAAUGCGUAACCAAAUUAGUGUUAUUUAUUACCGUCACAGUCAUAAUAUUGUAUAUACCUCUAGGAAGAUUCCACCUUAGCUGCGACCCCGAAUGUUGCAGCCGUAACAAUGACCCACCACCUCCAAAAGAGAAGCACAGUACAGCUAUGUGUUGCCUCUGUGACAUGUACAAGAGGGUGGCACAAGUUGGACAAAUGUCAAUGGAAAUGGUGGAACUGAUACUAUGCACUACUGUAAAUAUGAUGUAUGAAGUUAAGAUGAAGGAUACUCCAAACUCAAACGUUAAACCCGAGAAACUAAGUGAGUGUUGCAAAGAAGAAAAGGUAACUUGUAAAUGUGGCAAACAAGAAAAAGUAAUUUGUAAAUGUGACGAAAAAGAAAAAGUAAUUUGUAAAUGUGACGAAGAAAAAAAAGUGAAAGAUAAUAAAGUUAUUUAUGCAAAAGAUAUCGGCAAAGAAGACGUGGAUAAAGUUAUAGAAGAUGAAAUAACUCAGAAAUUGAGCGAUGACUUACUACAGAGCCUCGAGAGGAAAUUCCAAGUGGACUUACAAAAGGCAGUGGACAUGGUGUUACUGAAGAUUAAGCUGUUAUUGAAGAACGGGACGCUUCACAUCCAGGACAGAUUGAGUGAGCUUCAGGAAAUGCUGGAAGUCAUCAAGGGACACGGUGAAAAGGAGUUGGACGUAUGUCUAGAAAAGAAGCAGAAUGAGACCUCAGCGUUAGCGGAGAAGGCUCUUCAUCAGAUGGUGGUCUGCGGGUACGCACUGAUAGGCCACGACCCGGCUCAGGCCGUGCACAGUGUGUUAGCACUCAAGAACAUGAUCCAUACAGGAAUAAAACCGAUAUAUGAUAAGAAGCACGAAGUUUAUGGUCUUCUAAAGGUCUGCGGGCACGACCAUGAUACGCUGAAGAAGGUGAUAAAAUGCGUAAUUUCAAAGUCACCAGUAAUAAAAUCAGCAAUGAUGGAAGUGACAGGAAAGCUGAUUGAUGGCGUUGUCAGCCUGACAAAACUCAUGGCCCAUGGAGCAAUGCAUGAAGCUUGCCUCAUAGAGGUAAUUAGAAAUAUCGAAGAUGAAGCUUUCGCACUUGUCGAGGAAGUCAGAGUAUGCGUGUACACAAACAGUACGUUUAUGCAAGAAGUAAAAGAUUACGUUAAAGAAAAUAAUGCUACAGUUCUCGAUAUAAAAAGAAAAGAUAAAGCUGGAAAGGAAAAAAUAGGCAAAAAGGACAAUAGUGUAGAUAAAGACAAAAACGCUCAUGCUGAUGACAAAGAACAGACAGAAAAGUCAAACAAAGAAGAAGAUGUUAAACAUAUGAAGGAGAUAAUUAGAAGAAUGUUAGCUGACAACAAAGCAAAUAAUAUAGAUUCUUCGUUUAAGACUAAACUAGCAAAGCUACAACAAGACUUAGCAGCUGUUGAUGCUAAUGAAAUAGUCAAAUUAGAUAAGGUUGACUAG